GCUGGCAGCAGCAGCACCACCACCACCACCACCACCAGACACACAGCUGGCAGCAGCAGCACCACCACCACCAGACAGCCAGCUGGCAUCACCUUCACACACACAAGAGGCACCACUACCACCAUCGGACGGACGAAUGGCACCAUUAGAUGAACAUGUGACAACACUGAACCUGUCGUCAAAAAUAGCAUUAGACAUGCAACUAACGAUGCCACCAGAAAUAGACAUACAUCUGACAACACCACAACCAUCAGAAAAGCAGCUGACAACACAAGUUUUGUUACCAGAAGAGCUGAAAACAGUAUCGCCUCGUACAGAAAUGGUUCCUCAAUUUGAAAUACAAAUUUCUGCAUCAUCAGGUGCAAAACAGACUCGGAAAACUGCAGUGAAUUUAUUGCCAACUGACAAUCAGAAAGAAACAGCAGAAUGUGAAAAUAUAGAGAAGAAUCACGAAGGCAUUUCAGUCACGGCAAAAGCCGAUGUGGGAGAUUCAAGGUUUUGCAGCAACCCUUACCCUUGCUGUUACCAGUGUACAUGUCUCUACAAUUGCACUGGGCAGUUGUGCACUGUGCUGGGGAACCGGUACAUAUUAACGCAAUUGCAAGGAGGUUUUGUGUUGGUGUACAUCAAGGCACCAAAAGAUGAUGCAUUUGCUUGUAGAGUACUUUGGAAAGGUGAGAAGCCUAUUCCGCUAACAGAGGUUGCUGACAGCACUCGGGUUCAGUUUGAUGCCGUCACCUUUCCUGACAAUGAAAGUCUACAAGCAUUGCUCAUCUGGAAAGAGACAAAGCCCACUAUCUGUACUGAACCUGAUGGUUCUAAUUCAUAUAUGCUUAUUGAUGCACGAGGUAUAUUUUGUAACUUAGGUUCCCUAAAUAUAAAUAAAGGAAUCAUCAAUGUAAAAUUUGAUGAUGAUGAAGUCACUGCAGAAGUUUGUGAUGAUGUAAUUUUUGUGGAUGGGAAGAAGUCAAGCAUGAGUCAUCUGCAUAAGUAUGAUAUGCAUACCAAAACAUUGUAUGCCACUGUGUUCAAAUUAUUUAAAGGCGAUUUGGCUGGGAGUUUGAAGUAUGUAUGCACAUGUCUCUGGAUGGGACAGAAGCCGUCAACAGAUAUGUUACCCAUGAAUCUACUGCGUAGUAAAACGUACCUGAGAAAAUCCCAUGGCUUUUACACUGAAGCCAAGUAUAUGAAUACACUCUAUUGUGAUAAAAAUUCUACAAUAAACAUCUCAAAUAACGUAAGUAAAAUAACAUUCAGAAUUAAUGGGAAAAAACUAUCGCUGCCAUUUUCAAAGGACCAAUUCUACAAUCAAAUUAAAGGUCAGAUGCCAUCUUUAAGUGGCAAUAUUAAUUUAAAAGCACAUAUAUUAAAACAAGAGAAUGAAUGUCAAAACACCACAUGGACCGUCUUGAUGAUUAUCCCAUCGUCGAAACCGAGGAUAUCAGGUUCAAGUAGUUCACGUGGUCAGACACAGACGAACACAGAAAAUGGAGUUCGUGAAGUGGCAGUUGAUCAAAUUAAUAACAAUCUCACAGACAUAGAGGGAGAGUGUAAGAUAGGAACUGUUUCGACUCAAGAAACAGUUCUGAAAACAAAUGACAGCAGCAGCCUUGGUGGUCAGGUAAGGCCACCGACCUGUAGCACCAGCAUCCUCGGUGGUCAGGUGAGGCCACAGACCGGUAGCACUAGCAGUCUCGGUGGUCAGGUGAGGCCACCGACCGGUAGCACCAGCAGCCUCGGUGGUCAGGUGAGGCCACAGACCGGUAGCACCAGCAGCCUCGGUGGUCAGGUGAGGCCACAGACCGGUAGCACCAGCAGCCUCGGUGGUCAGGUGAGGCCACAGACCGGUAGCACCAGCAGCCUCGGUGGUCAGGUGAGGCCACAGACCGGUAGCACUAGCAGUCUCGGUGGUCAGGUGAGGCCACAGACCGGUAGCACCAGCAGCCUUGGUGGUCAGACGAGGCCACAGACCGGUAGCACCAGCAGCCUCGGUGGUCAGGUGAGGCCACAGACCGGUAGCACUAGCAGUCUCGGUGGUCAGGUGAGGCCACAGACCGGUAGCACUAGCAGCCUCGGUGGUCAGGUGAGGCCACAGACCGGUAGCACCAGCAGCCUCGGUGGUCAGGUGAGGCCACAGACUGGUAGCACUAGCAGCCUCACCAGUCAAAACAAAUUACAAACGUCCAUUAGGUUUAACAAUGCCGGUGUACACCCCAUGUUGAAUUCUUUAACGUGUACAGUGGCUGAAGCUGAAAGAAAUAUGGCUAUCUUAAGAGCAGCAGGUAAAUUAAUUUUUGUUACCAAGGAAAACAUGUUCACAAACAAGAAGAAAGUUAAUAAAACCCAAGAUUUAAAAACUGAACUCAAGAAAUUCCAAACUGUUGGGGCAAUAUUUUAUGAGGUCAAAGAAUCUUUUCUUGUCUGGGGUUAUGUUGUAAAGCAUGUGGCCAUUUUGGCUUGGGCAGGCAAAAAACCUGCUGAUUCAGAUGACAUAAUCAGAAAUUGGAAGCCCCCAAAUCCUAUACACAAUCCUAAUCAUGAUUCCAUGUCUUCAAAAAUGGAAGGACAAAAUUCAACCAAAGAUAAAAUAUUUGAGGCCAGCUGUAGCAUUGCUGAAAUUGUCCAGGACAUGGGAAUACUUGUGAUACAUAACAGAAAUCUGAAUGAUGGUAUUGGAGAGGCAGUAGCUAAUCUCUCCAACUUCUAUAAAGAUGGGCUACCAGUUACAAAAAAACAGCUUAGACUUUUACCCUCAGAUCAGUUGUGGCACUGUCUAGUUCAGCAGAGAUCUCCACACAAAUUAAAGAGUGGCCAACCUGAGUUUGUGGUAACUAUAGCAUGGCAAGGAAAGAAACCAAGUUCUUGCUCCUCCUCACAGAUUAGAGAGACACAGCUUUGCUCCUCCAGCAACACACACAGCCUCAAUAGUUGGGUGACUCCACAGACUAGUGGUCUCACUAUCCCAGUAAGGCAACAGCCCAAUACUACUGAUAAAUGCACCAGUCAAGAGACACUACAGAACUUUAAUAUUAACCCCUCUACUAUUAAAGGGAGAUCACAGACUAGCAAUAUCAACAUUGUCUCUAAUCAAACAAAGUCAUCAAACAGAGACACUGAAUGCUCUGGACAGACUGUCUCUAAUCAAACAAAGUCAUCAAACAGAGACACUGAAUGCUCUGGACAGACUGUGCCUAAGUUAGAAUAUGUAACAUGUUCGCUGGUGGAAGUUCGGACAGAGGGAGCUGUCUUGAAAGCCGGUGUCAAAUUUAUACUGGUACUAAGGAAAGACCUCUUUAUAAGUGAGGAGAAAGUUUCUAGUUCUGUAAAUAUUAAGCAAAAACUUAAACAGUUUCCAAAUGUUGGUGCAAUAAUAUAUCAAGCCGAGACUUCCCUAGAGAUAUGGGGACAUAGUGUAAAGCAUGCAGCAGUUGUCGUAUGGGCAGGUAAGAAACCUGUCGAUGCAGACAACAUUGUCAAGACUUGGAAAUCUAAACCAGUUUUAUUGUGGAAAUCUAAAAACGAACCCUCACAAACACACUCACAAAAUUUGCCACACAAAUCCGAGAUAUUUCAGACCCCACACAAGUCCGAGAUAUUUCAGGCCAGUUGUAAAGUUGUUAACGUCGUGCAACAGACCGCAGUUCUUGAGGUGAAUAGUAAACAUCUGGUAAAUGGCCCAGGAGAGGCAGUAGCCAAUAUCUCUAAUAUUUAUGUGGAUGGACUGCCAAUUAGUAAGAGAGCACUUUUACGCUUACCAAAGCAUACAUUGUUGAACUGUCUUGUUAAGAAAUGCCCUCCAGUAAACAGUGGGAAGUCUUCAUUUUUAGCACUUUUAGUAUGGCUAGGGAAAAAGCCAUGUGAGAGUUCCUGUUCAUCGUCCAUUAGUAAUGACAGCCUGAGCAAUCAAGUGAGGCCACAGACCAGUAGCACCAGCAGCUUUAUUGGUCCAGUGAGGCCACAGACCAGCAGCCUCAGUAACCUCAGUAGUCCAGCGAGACCACAGACCAGCAGCCUUAGUAGUCUAGUGAGGUUACAGAUCAGCGGCCUUAGUAGUCCAGUGAGGCCACAGACCAGCAGCACUGGCAGCUUCAGUAGUCCAGCGAGACCACAGACCAGCAGCCUCAGUAGUCCAGUGAGACCACAGACCAGCAGCCUCAGUAGUCCAGUGAAGCCACAGACCAGCAGCCUCAGUAACCUCAGUAGUCCAGUGAGGCCACAGACCAGCAGCCUCAGUAGUCCAGUGAAGCCACAGACCAGCAGCCUCAGUAGUCCAGUGAGACCACAGACCAGCAGCCUCAGUAGUCCAGUGAAGCCACAGACCAGCAGCCUCAGUAGUCCAGUGAGACCACAGACCAGCAGCCUCAGUAGUCCAGUGAAGCCACAGACCAGCAGCCUCAGUAGUCUAGUGAGGCCACAGACCAGCAGCACUAGCAGCCUCAGUAGUCCAGCGAGACCACAGACCAGCAGCACCAGCAGUCUCGUUGAAGUACCUAAGGAACAGGUUAAUAAAAAGAGGACAAGACGACGUAAGAAGAAUAGAAAAUUGGAUGAAACAGUUACUAUUGCUACUGAAGUUACUUCGCAGAGAGAAUCAAAAUCCAUUUACAAGGGAAAAAUAACAGAUCUUCAUCCAGUACUUGGCCAAAUACAAUCAGAUGGGGGCACCCUAUUCUUCUCCCGGGACCUUUGUUACCUGUAUGGACUGCGUCUACACAUGGUAGAGCUCUGGCAUGUCCUCACUUUAGGAGAGGAAGUAGAAUACGAGUUGGCUGCUGUCGGGACAAAUUCAUCGGGAGUGUCACGUGUGUGGGUAGGAGGAAGGGACCAGCUGCCACCAGCUGCCCUCAUCCCAAUGGUGCACUCGUGGUGUAAUAGACACAGUGUUCCUCCUGCUGCUGCCCAAAUCCUGCUUCAACAAGCAGAAUCACUAUCUCCGAGUUUGUUCCCAAUGGUUGGAGAUGAUGAAGGUAUGGAGACGGUGGAGAUACAACAAGAUUCAAGCUAACAGAAGGAUGAGAAUUUAGGUAUACAACACCAGCAGUAUUUCAAGCUAGAGAUGUACAUUUGUUCCAACGAAACUGAGUAGUGUAGGACCAGGAAGUAUGGCUCUAUCCCACAGUGGCUCCACUAGACCCAGUUUUGUCUGUACUCAAUCGAAUCUGCAGACCUUCCCUCUUCUGGGUAGGGAUUUGUGCCGUUAGCUUUAAAUGAUGUUUAAGGCCUUAAAGAAAUGAGCCCAUUUUUAAGUAAGUAUUUUAGCUCCAGUAUUCACCGUGCCUUGAUCUAUAGAAGCCCUGCUGCAAGCUGUGGUACAUUGGAGCUUGUAUAAUACACAGGUCCAGCUUCCGAGUCAAGACAGCCAAUGUAAACAAAGGUGUUUAUAAUCCAUUUUAAAAUAUACUAAUCUUGUUGAUUAUACAAAACUAAUAAAGUAGAUAGCUUUAGAGUUCAAAUUCUCUUGAGCUUAUAACUUUCAGAUGUGGUCUUAAAAUAUACAGGAUACAACUGAAGUUGUCCAUAAAUUAUGUCAGUACAAGUUAUUGCCUCUCACAAAGGAACAUGUACAGUAUGUCUUUAAGCAGCUGUAUAGUACAGCUUACAGAUGGUGCCGUGAUGAUAAAGAGUAACGAGUACCAGGUGUCGAGUACAUAAGAUAGUCGGGACAUUGUUAAAAACCUCUCUGCCAUUUCAAAUGGCAAGAUAUUUAUUGAACUAGUCUUUUUAUUUUGAUACAUGGAAUACAUUUUUAGUGUAAAGAUUUAAAAUAAAAGUAUGAAAUUA